AUGUUUCUCGACAUGGGAGACGAUUGGGAUCUGCAGGCGGUGGUAAGAGGCUGCUGCACCACCGCCACCUCCACCCCCACCUCCACCACCACCACCACCGCUACCGUCGCCCUCACCACAACUUCCAUGGAAGAGCCUUCUUGCUACUUCUCUUGUUUUCCUCCUCCUUCUCCUCCUCUUUUGGGUCUGGACCACCAAGACCUCUGUUUCCCCGAUCUCCUUGAAACCUUAACUCCUCUUGAGGAAUUAGAGGCACUCUACAAACCAUUCUUCUCCAAAGUCGAAGCUCUUUCCCCACAGAGCAACCCCACUUCUCUUCUCACCCAUGUAGGAUUCACAGACCAACACCAGCAGCAACAGCAACAGAAACAGAAACCACAGCAGCAGCAGCAGCAACAAAAGCAAUCUCCCCAGUGUCUAACAGGGCCUACUACUGCUGCCGCUGCGACAACUACUACUUAUCAUUCUCAGACCCCUCGAUCGAAAAGAAGGAAGAAUCAACAGAAGAGGGUUGUUUGCCAAGUACCGGCCGAGGGCAUUUCUUCGGAUAUGUGGGCUUGGCGUAAAUAUGGCCAGAAACCCAUCAAAGGGUCACCUUAUCCGAGGGGUUACUACAGGUGUAGCAGCUCAAAAGGGUGUUUAGCAAGGAAACAAGUGGAGCGAAGCCGCUUAGAUCCAGGAAUCAUCAUCAUCACCUACACGGCGGAGCACAACCACCCAGUCCCCACCCACCGUAAUUCCCUCGCCGGUAGUACUCGGAACAAGUUCCCCAAUCCUCAGGGUUCCACCCCAGCAGACGAACCCGGAACACCCACCAACAAACCAUCUUGUUCUUCCCCUGCUUCGACUACGGGUCUCUCUCCAAAGACUCCAACUGCCGCCAUGGAAGACGAGCUUCUGCAACAGCCCAAGCAGGAGUGCAGAGAGGAUGAAGAGGAAGAAAUAGUUGUGGAUAACGAUGAAGACGACGAUCUUCUUAUUCCCGAUAUGAUGAUGGGAGAUGAUUUCUUCGAGGGUCUUGGUGAACUCGAUGGACCAACCAACGGCGCCGCCUUGGAUGACUGCUCUGACGACCAACUGCCGGCAACUUUUCCGCCUUCUUGGUUCUCUCAUAAUGCCACCACCGCUGCUGGUGGCAGCUGAACCGCCGUAAAAGCCGCGCCCGACAUUGGAUGCUAAAGAUUUACCAACUUUCCAUUUUUUCCUUUUUGUCCGCCAAAAUUAGAGAGAAAGAGAUAGAGAGAGAGAG